UCCGAUAGACUAGAGCGGCGUGUUUCAUUCAGAAGAUAAACAUGGAGAAGAGCGUGGGUUCUCUGCAGGAACAGGCCCUGAAAAGAAAAGAGCGACUAAAAGCCCUGCGAAACAAACAGCUUCAUGGGCGAGAACAGGAAGAUGGGGAGCCUGAAAACAAAAAGGCUGCAUUAGAAGAGGAUACAGAGGAAAAGCACAAAGAAAUCAAACUGAGGAACUACACGCCAGAGGAUGAAGAGCUGAAAGACAGACAGAUUCCAAAAGCUAAACCAGCUUCAGUGGAAGACAAAGUAAAAGAUCAACUAGAGGCUGCAAAUCCUGAGCCCAUUAUUGAAGAAGUAGAUUUGGCAAACCUUGCCCCAAGAAAACCAGACUGGGAUCUCAAGCGUGACGUAGCUAAGAAACUAGAGAAGCUGGAGAGGAGGACGCAAAGAGCCAUUGCGGAGCUAAUACGUGAGCGUUUGCGAGGCAGUGAGGAGGAGCUAGCAGGAGCCGUAGGAGCCGUGAGAGCAGACGAAGGGGACUCUGACUGAAGAUGUGAACAAUGAAAAGACUGAUUUGUCUGUAACAUAACAGGAGUAACCUAGUUA